AUGUUCGAACCCUCUGCUUUCACAGGUGAAAUCAUUACUCGUCUUAGAUCACUGUGUGCGGCACCGGCUGCUCGUGCAGGGCAGCACCAAGUACGAGAAGGCACAGAUGACGUAUUUGCGAUCAUUGCGGGGCUGGUCGAAGGUACAGUGGCUUGCAGGCGCAUGCCUGACUUUAUCCAGCAAGUACUGAAAAGUGAAGAGCGGCUGCGCUUAUGUAGUACAGUCCAAGCACAAGUCGCAGAAAAUUGA